UCUUAAUAUACCUCGGUUUGAACUUGGCACGCUUCACUCCCACUGCAACCUCGACCAUGAUUAACAAUGGCGUCUGCACUCUCCGCACCUGCUUCCGUUUUCCGGGGAGGUCGCCAUUCCCACCAUUGCAGCGCUCGUUCACUUUCCGGCGGCGGUUUCUGGUGACUGCAUCCCAAAGGAAGAAGAAAGAGAAGGUUAUUGUCAUUUCUGGACCCACCGGUUCGGGCAAGAGCCGCCUCGCAUUGGAACUCGCUAAGAGCCUCAACGGCGAAAUCGUCAGUGCAGACUCUGUCCAGGUAUAUCGAGGGCUUGAUGUUGGAUCUGCAAAGCCUUCCCCAGAUGAAAGAAAGGAGGUACCACAUCAUCUGGUUGACAUACUGCACCCAUCUGAAGACUAUUCUGUUGGGCAGUUUUUUGAGGAUGCAAGGCAAGCUACAAGAUGUAUUCUUGACAAUGGCCGUGUUCCCAUAGUUGUUGGAGGCACUGGAUUGUAUUUAAGAUGGUUCAUAUAUGGAAAGCCAGAUGUACCUAAAUCUUCUUCAGUGAUUGCAUCUGAAGUAAAUCAAGAAUUAGCUGAACUACAGAGGAAUGAAGACUGGGAUACAGCUGUACAGUUGGUGGUAAAAGCAGGAGACCCAAAGGCUCAAUUUCUAGCAGUGAAUGAUUGGUAUCGACUACGGCGUAGCCUAGAGAUUGUUAAGUCUAGUGGAUCACCUCCUUCUGCAUUUCGGGUACCAUAUGAUUCUUUCAGGGAACAGGGUGAAUGUAGUGUUGCUGAUGAUUCUGAGUUAUCUGAUAUAAACACGUACGGUGAUGGAAUGGAAGAAACCAGCUCAUCAGAGUUAGACUAUGAGUUUAUGUGCUUUUUCCUUUCUAGUCAUAGACUUAACCUCUAUAGAUCAAUUGAUUAUCGGUGUGAAGAUAUGCUUUUAGGAAGGGAUGGGAUUUUGUCCGAGGCUCAGUGGCUUCUUGAUACGGGUCUUCAUCCAAACUCCAAUUCUGCAACUAAAGCAAUUGGUUACAGACAAGCCAUGGAGUACUUACAAAGAUGCAGAGAGCAAGGGGGUCAGAGUUCUGCUGCAGAGUUUUACAAAUUCUUGUUUGAAUUUCAAAAAGCAUCACGUUUUUCCUGCCGGAUGUAGCACUCAAACAUUUGAACGUUUCCUUGCUGCCAUGCACCGUGAUGUGAUGCUAGACCAGCUUCUUCUUCUUGCUUCCAGCCAUGCCUCCAUCUCCUACUUGUAGCUGCUGUAUGUUGGGUUUGAAGGCGUGCGGGACCAUGGUGUGGAGUGUGCUUCCUUGGUUCUUCAAGCUUGAUUGAUGGGAGCUGAUUGCUGCACGCUGCAAUGGUGAAUCUGCUUCAUCUCCAACUCUGGAUGCUCCCUACUUCAGGCGUGCCUUCCUCCCAAGCCAGCUGGAUGCGUGAUGCUUCUCCAUGUGUGUUUCUCCCUUAGCUACGUUCAAGAACCAAGCCUCAAACAAGUGUUGGCUGCAGCUGUUCCAACUCCAAACUGCUGGACCGUGAGCACCUAUUGCUAGGCGUACAGCAGCUCCCUUCAUCUCGGCUGAUGUGUGCUCUCUUCAUAAUGAAGCUCCAAAGCUUGCUGGACGUGGAGGACGUGAAGACUUCUACUGGACCAAGCUGCUACUAUUGUGUGCUUGCUGUUGUUCUCCAUCCAGCCAAUGAAUCCAUGAACGGUGGUUGCUGUACCAGCUCCAACCUGCACCUCCGUGUGCUAGCUUCUCUUUACUGGACCAAGGACGUGUUGCUAUUCCAUUCCAUGGAAGUCUUUCCCUUACAUGAGCUGUUGCCUCUUUUGACUCUUCCUCGAUGGAUGUGCUUUGCUGGACCGUGGUGAACUUGAAGGCUGUUAUGGGGUGUAUUGGACGGACACCGUGAGAGCUUUCCAAAUGAGAAAUAUAUGUGUGUAACAAGUAGGUGGCAGCUGCUGGAUGUUCCCUUGUGCCGUGGCAUUCCCCUUAGCAUUCUGGAAUUCAUUAUGAGCUUUCAAUCAACCAAGUGGUGUCCCCCUCCAUUAUGCUUCACGGUUUACUACAUCCUUUCUUAAUCCAAAGAAAAUUCUCGCGGCUCCCACUUUGAUUCCAUCCAAAACUUUGCUUGUAAAAUGAAUUAUUCAUGGGCCCAUUAUAUUUGGAAGAUGACUACCGUGAGGAAUUGUGGCAGCUCCUUUGCACAAUAGAAAAAUCACAUAUGUUACUUUGAUUUGCCAAAUGCUUUGCUGAAUUUUCCAUGUGGGCCGUGUGUAGCACUUCUUUAGAAUUCAGCAUUUUGGAAGUCUUUCAUGUGGACAUGACUUUGCCAACCCAUGAGUGGUGGCUCCCUUCUCUAAUUUGGUGUCUCCCACUUCCUUCCAAAAAGAAUAAAAGAUUUCUCCAUUUUGUCUUA